CGAAGGGAAAGGAGGUGGGGAGGUAGUGGCCCGCGACUCUCUGAGCCCCGCUCGCGCCCCGGCCUUUCCCGGGCGCUCGGCCUCCUUCUUUCCCUCCUCCGUUCUUCCGUACGCGCCGAGCGCUGCGCUCGGCCGGCGUGCCUCGCGCCCUAACGGGCGGCCGGGGGCGCCAAUCAGCGGGCGGCAGGGUGCCAGCCCCGGGGCUGCGCCGGCGAAUCGGCGGGGCUCGCGGCCCGGGGUGGGAGGCGGGUCUACCGCUCGGCCGCGGCGGCGGAGGAGCAGCUCCCAGCCAGCAGCCAGCGAGCGCCGAGCGAGCCGCCCGGAGCCCCUCAUCCCAUUCGGAAGAGGAAGGAACAAAAGGUCCCGGACCCCCGGCUCUGACGGGGCGGGACCCGGAGCCUCGGUGCAGGUUAGAUUAAGGAGGAUAUUUUCUUAGAGUGGAUCGCUGCCUUUGGUAAGAACAUGUCGUCCAUCUUGCCAUUCACUCCACCAGUUGUGAAGAGACUGCUGGGAUGGAAGAAAUCAGCGGGUGGAUCUGGAGGAGCAGGUGGUGGAGAGCAGAAUGGACAGGAAGAAAAGUGGUGUGAGAAAGCAGUUAAAAGUUUGGUGAAGAAGCUAAAGAAAACAGGACGAUUAGAUGAGCUUGAGAAAGCCAUCACCACUCAAAAUUGUAAUACUAAAUGUGUUACCAUACCAAGCACUUGCUCUGAAAUUUGGGGACUGAGUACACCAAAUACGAUAGAUCAGUGGGAUACAACAGGCCUUUACAGCUUCUCUGAACAAACCAGGUCUCUUGAUGGUCGUCUUCAGGUAUCUCAUCGGAAAGGACUGCCGCAUGUAAUAUAUUGCCGAUUAUGGCGCUGGCCUGAUCUUCACAGUCAUCAUGAACUCAAGGCAAUUGAAAACUGCGAAUAUGCUUUUAAUCUUAAAAAGGAUGAAGUAUGUGUAAACCCUUACCACUACCAGAGAGUUGAGACACCAGUUUUGCCUCCGGUAUUAGUGCCACGGCAUACUGAGAUCUUAACAGAACUACCACCUCUGGAUGAUUAUACCCACUCCAUUCCAGAAAACACUAAUUUCCCAGCGGGAAUUGAGCCACAGAGUAAUUAUAUCCCAGAAACGCCACCUCCUGGAUAUAUCAGUGAAGAUGGAGAAACAAGUGAUCAACAGUUGAACCAAAGUAUGGAUACAGGAUCUCCAGCAGAACUAUCUCCUACUACUCUUUCCCCUGUUAAUCAUAGUUUGGAUUUGCAGCCUGUUACUUAUUCAGAACCUGCAUUUUGGUGUUCAAUAGCGUAUUACGAAUUAAACCAGAGGGUUGGAGAGACCUUCCAUGCAUCACAGCCCUCACUCACCGUAGACGGCUUCACAGAUCCAUCAAAUUCAGAGAGGUUCUGCCUAGGUUUACUCUCUAACGUCAACAGAAAUGCUACAGUAGAAAUGACAAGAAGACAUAUAGGAAGAGGAGUGCGCUUAUAUUACAUAGGUGGAGAAGUUUUUGCUGAGUGCCUAAGUGAUAGUGCAAUCUUUGUGCAGAGCCCCAAUUGUAAUCAGAGAUAUGGCUGGCACCCUGCAACAGUGUGUAAAAUUCCACCAGGCUGUAACCUGAAGAUCUUCAACAACCAGGAAUUUGCUGCUCUUCUGGCUCAGUCUGUUAAUCAGGGUUUUGAAGCCGUGUAUCAGCUAACUAGAAUGUGCACCAUAAGAAUGAGUUUUGUGAAAGGGUGGGGAGCAGAAUACCGAAGGCAGACAGUAACAAGCACUCCUUGCUGGAUUGAACUUCAUCUGAAUGGACCUCUACAGUGGUUGGACAAAGUAUUAACUCAGAUGGGAUCCCCUUCAGUGCGUUGCUCAAGCAUGUCAUAAAGCUUUGUCACCAGUCAAGUCCCAUCAAAAGACUUAAUGUACCAACUCUUCUGUCAUAGUAUUUGUGUGUGGUCCCCGUGGACUGUUUACUAUCCAAAAAUUCAAGAGAAAACAGCACUUGAGGUCUCAUCAAUUAAAGCACCUUGUGGAAUCGGUUUCCUAUGUUUGAAUAUUAGAUGGGAAAAUUAGUGUCUAGAAAUACCCUCCCAUAAAGGAGGAAGAGAAGAUUUUAAAGACUUACUGAUGUCUUGUUGGGCAUAAAACUGAGUGUCCCAAAGGUUUAUUAAUAACAGUAGUAGUUAUGUGUACAGGUAAUGUAUCAUGAUCCAGUAUCACAGUAUUGUGCUGUUUAUAUACAUUUUUAGUUUGCAUAAAUUAGGUGUGUGUGUGCUGCUUCUUGAUUUAGGCAAGCCUUUAUAAAGUUACAGUACCUAAUCUGUUAUUCCCACUUCUUCGUUAUUUUUGUGUGUCUUUUUUAAUAUAUAAUAUAUAUCAAGAUUUUCAAAUUAUCAUUUAGAAGCAGAUUUCCCUUGUAGAAAAACUAAUUUUUCUGCCUUUUACCAAAAAUAAACUCUUGGGGGAAGAAAAGUGGAUUAACUUUUGAAAUCCUUGACCUUAAUGUGUUCAGUGGGUCUUAAGUAUUCAUUCUUUUUGUGUUUGUUUACUUAUUGCUAAAACCUUACGGAAAUUUUUCCAGACCUCUCCUCCAUUUCCACUUUUGUCCUGAUACCAAAACAGUGUAGCGUGACAUCCAUCACCAAUAAUGGUUGCACUGAUACCGCCAGCACCAGUUAAUUCUGGGGUAUGGUAACAAAUCCUAUGGAGUAAGUCCCUUUGUCUUACACCAGAUUUCAGUUUCAGCAGAUGAUAAUAGACUUGUGUAACCUAGCAGUCUUUUGAUUUAUCUUUACACCUCAUAAAAAAUGCACAGGUGGCAGUAUAAUUAUUUUCAGGGAUAUGCUACAGUUAUUUCAAUAUAUUUAUCCUUUUUAAAAAUUCAAUCUAUAGAGAUAAACACUCUUUAAAAAGGUAUUUUAAAAUAUUUCAGUAGCAAACCUAGUGCUCUUUGAGUUGAGUUUCAUUUGAUUUAGUUACCAGAUUGUAUUAUGGAAUGGACCUUUUGUAAAUGUAAUUGCUGCAGCAGACUACCUAGAAAAGUAAUGCUGAGGUAUGAUCAGCAGGUAAAGGCCAUCUGUUUUUAAGGUAUGUUGUAUUAAAUUUAUACAAUCUAUGUUAUUUUACAUAAUUAUGAAUUCUGAAUUUUAAAAUUUGGGGGAGAAGCAGUUUAGCAAGUUUUUUAGCUUAUAAUUACCUACACUCUGAGCUGUUCUUAACUAAUCCUGACUAUGUGGUGACUGUUGAACCAACCAUGCAUUUUGCUCUACAGUGACAGGAGAUGUCGGGAACUCUGUUGGAAUCCAUCCUGCAGCAGAUAAUCCUUAUGUUUAUUGUUAACUCGUUGCAGUUUAAACAUUUCUUGUUUGCAUCUCAGUAGAAAUGGAAAGUAACCACUCCUGGUCCCCUUCUAGUAAGUUUUCAUAUUUUUGAAGACAGAUUAUCUUUGGUACUUGUUUUUUGAAACCAUAUUCACCUUUAUCUACAGGUGUUAUUUUCAAUACUUUCAGCAUUGGUUGUUUUCUAUUAGAUAUUCCCCAUUUUUCUAUAUUUGUGUAUGCAUGUAUGUGUUUAUGUAAACUUGGUAUAGUAAUUUUUUAUUCAUUCAACAAAUAUUUAUUGUUCACCUGUUAUGUGUGCCAGGAACUUUCUUAGCCUUUGGGUAAAGGUGAACAAGACAGAUAAGGCCCUUGCCUUUGCUGAGAUAGCAGUUUCUAUAAUGCUUAAUUAGCUUAUUUGUCUAUGAAGGAGAUAAAACAGGGUACUGUGAUAAAGCAUAGCAGGGGGAAUGCUUCUGAAAGGUAGUGAUGCUUGAGCUAACACUUCGGUGAGAAAGGAGCAAGCCUUGUGGAGAGAAAAAUAGGCAUUCUUGGCAAAGAAAAUGGCAUCAAAUGCAAAGGCUUAUUUUAAAGGAAACUCAUAAUUUACUAGGUGUUUGUGCUUUAUACAAAAACCUCUACACAGGUCCAAACUUGAGGAUCAGAUUGGUUCUACAGUUUAUAAUAGUUGAAGGUGGCCUUACUUUGUGAUAGAUUGCUUCAUGUGUCAUUCUCACUAAUAUUUCCUCUUCCUCAAAUCCUUCCUGUAAAAAGUUUACACCAGGUCAAUACCAUUUAAUUGAACAACCCUUUCUUCAGUUCUGCCUUGGGCAGAUUUUCACCAUUGUAGUGACUGGCUGCUUGCUUCCAGAUGUCCUGCUGUCCGAAAUGAUUACUUCUGCAGCCCAUCCUGUGGAUAGAGUAAAUGUCCCAGGUAUUACCACAGUCAGACCUGUUGGAAAUGUGGAGGCUCUGCCCUUUGGAAGUGUUUGCUUACUAGAGGACUUGUAGUGAUGUUAGGGAACACUGUUCUUUGUCUGGUUGAAAGUGAUAGAACAUCCUGGCAGUUGCUCUUGCAUUGAUAUGUUAAGCAGAGCAGUGCCACCUGUAGCAUUUCAGUAGUGGGUCACAUCUCUACAGUUCUGGUGGCAUUCUUCUGUACAGUAUGAAACUGGGACUCACCUCUUUGGAAGCGCCCAUGUAUUCAGCGGUUAGACCUGUCAAGCAGUUGACUUUGUGGUGGUGGUGGUUACAUUUGUAUGAGUGUGUUCAGUGGUCUUCCUUGCUUUUUAAUGCGAUGCUGGUUUUGCAUUCUGUUUUGGCCACUGUGGCCUAAUUUUUGCCGAUUGUUUUUUCCCUUUAUAGGGUUUGUUUUCAUUCUUCUAAGUGAUAAGAUCUCUCUGUAGAAUUUUGUCUUUAUUUAGAUUAGCAACAUCAUUUAGAAUUUCUUCCACACAGUGCUGGUAAUUUCCUCAGUUUAACAACAUGAGAACUGAAUGAUCAUGCUUUCUGUCACAUUUCUAAGAUGAAUGGUGGUUUUCACAGUGGAUUACAUACACCUUAGGGCUGGUUUAGGGAAUUGGAGGCUGGUGACAUUCCCACUGACUUUGGCCUGGCCAGUGGCAGCUUCAUUUUUAUUCUGUGUUGGAGUUCCACGUAGGAACUCCAAUAGAAUGAUUUCUUUCUUAAAAAAGUUUUACUGCUUAAAAAAAAGUGUGACUUUCCUGACUAGAUUUGAACUAUACCAGUUAGUGUGCUAAUUGUACAUUAUGAUAUACAUUCGUUCAAUAAACAUUUAUUGAUGCCUGUGCUUUACCUACCCAGUGUGAUAGAUGUUGAGUAAUAAAAAGAUAACUGGGAUUUGGUACUGACUCUCCAGCCAUCUUAGUCGUGUGGGGUUACUUUCUCUCUCAGGACCUGUCACUUUGCCAGAAGAAAAUCUGCCUAAUUUUUGAAAGCUAUAUAUUCUUACUCUGUAUUCUUACUCUUAUUCUGUAUUCUAAGUAUAUAUUUGCAAAUUGUUAAUGUCUGGGGUUUUUUUAAACCUCACAUCAUAUCUAGUUUUGCUUGGUUCAUCUGUCCUUUAAACAUUGCCAGAUAUUCUCCUUUGUUAAAAUUAUUUUAUUGAUAAUUUCACUUUAUUUGUGCCUUUAUUGUCAGUUUCAUCAAGACUAAGAUUUUGAACUUGAAAAACAAUCAGUCUAGUCUCUUGCUAGUUGAAAUCAAAUAAAAGAGUAUAUAUACCCAGUUGGUUUCUCUACCUCUUCCAAAAAUUGUCCAAAUAUACCUUUAACAUCCUUCUUUUUUUUAAAUAACUAAAUACUUUGAGCAUUUACUCAAUAAUCAGUGCCCUCCUGGUCUGGUUGAUGGUGGGAAGUAAUGUAACGCAAGACAAUCCUCACUGUACUUAGCAUCUGUCUUUAUGUACAGUCUUUACUUUCAUAGCUAAACAUUCCAGCUUCACAGUUUGCCACCCCUCCACCAUUCCCCAGUAUCUCUUUAGAUAACUAAGUAGACUGUGGACAUAAGCAACCCGUGAUCUUGUCUCUUACUCUGGUGCAACACAUUGAGGUUUAGACAUAACACAUUAUUGCCCAUCUUCUUUCCUUCGUGAACUUUAUUUUGCUAAGUCCUUUAUAUUCAUCAACUGAAUUUUAUUCUUCCUUCCCUUCUCUUGACAACAUGUAUCCCUAGUGGUUUUGCUAGUUGCCCUCUUCCUUGCCAACCGUGUUGUAUCUGCAUACAUCGGAAUGUUUCUCUCCUUUGAACUUUACUAAAGACCAAAAAGGAUGGUGCUGUUCAAUCCCAGGGUCCUAAUUUCUUCACCACGAAGGUUGACAUUGUUGAGAUUGGUCAGUCACUUAAAUCUUACAAAUGGCUCAGAAAUUCUAUCCAGUUAAAUGUUUUUGUGAUGAUAGCGUACAUCGUCAGAUUCUGUUGUAAAUUAUGUUCAGGAUUAUGAACUUUUUCCGGUAGUUGCAGCCAAUGAUUUCCUCAUAAUACUAGCCCUGUUUCCACCUUGGGGCAUAUUGGGUUGUUGUAUUUAGUACAAUCAAGAGUAAUAAUGAUAGUGUGUGGUGUCUAGAGGUUGUCAGAGUCCUAUUGAAUUCCUUUUAUAUCUUCCUUUUCAAGUUUUCAUAAAUAUUUUGUCUGUUCAAGACUACCUUUUGUGUGUGGGGAUUGAGGGACAAAUUAUCUCUUGGAGUGGAAUUCCUAUGUUUGAAACCUCAACCAGGAAAUGUGAGCUAUACUAGAUAUAGAUAGCCUCAUGAUAGCUUUUAUGAUGAGAACUUGUCUAAUGUGUUCAUAUAAUUUCUUGAGUAGGAACUGUUUUAUCUUGGAUAUUAUAGGUGACUUUAUAUAUAGCAUAACUGCCUUAAAUCUUUUUAGUAGGAAAUAAAUUAUAUAAUGUGUAUGUAUGGAUUUAUAUAUACACUCACAGAAACAUCUUAACAGUAGGGGUCAUUUGCAUACAUUUUAACAGUGUUCAAUGAUUCUAUUGUUUAAAUCUCAUAUCAGUAAAAAAAUUGUUAAGUUUCUUGCAGACAUUUUCCUUUCAUGGACAGACCAUCAGGGUAAAUUUUUUAUUCUGCCAGGGUCCUAAUUUGGCAGUUCAGUUAAUAUGCCAUUUUUAGGCAGCUUGACAAUUAAGAAUCAUAACUGGAACAUCAAAAAAGAAAAGCUCUGAGUGGUCUCUGGAAGGUACUUGCUUAAGGUUACCUUUUUUUUUUUUUUUAAAUAAUGUUAGGUUGUGUGUCCGCCACACCUGCUCUUUCCCCCGGCAUAAGACUGCUGCUUAAGAUACCCUGGGAAGCACCACUACCAAGUCAAGUUUUCCUGUAUUGAAGGGUAGCCUCAAGAUGACUUUCUUAGCUGUGCUCAACAGAAAUGGAUUUUCCAAAGUUCUUUGGGCCAUUUCUGAUUCACAGAGGAUCUGACCAGAGUGUAUUAGCCUGAGUUAACUUCAGUGUCAAUUGGUUUGCUGCCAUGAGAUCCAUAAUAGACCCAAAAUUUCACCAUUGAUUGAGAUGUAAGGGCCCUUUGAAAGAAUAGUACCACUGAUGUUAGGAGUGAAGUGAGGAUUCAUUGACUCCACACAAAGGACUCUUAGAUGUUUCUCCAACCAAAUUUCCCCCCAAAUUAUAUUCUUCUACCCUCUUUUUUAAAAAAAAAAAAAAAAAAAAAAAAA